CUCCCAGGCGGCCGCAGCGGCGGCAGCGUCGGUGGCGGCUCCUAGAGCCGGCGCGAAUCCGGCCCCCGCAGCGGGACGCGGGCAGGUCUUGACGAGCCCCGCCUGGGCCUAAGCGUGCAGAGGAUGGAAACACUCGCCCAGCAAUGUCUCUGGGCCGCCUCCUUCGCCGGGCCUCCUCCAAAGCCUCCGACCUCCUGACCCUCACCCCGGGCAGUGGCAGCGGGUCCCCCUCCGUCCUGGAUGGUGAGAUCAUCUACUCUAAGAACAAUGUCUGCGUGCACCCGCCGGAGGGGCUGCAGGGGCUGGGGGAGCACCACCCAGGUUACCUGUGCUUGUACAUGGAGAAGGAUGAGACGCUGGGCGCCACCCUCAUCCUGGCGUGGGUCCCCAACUCUCGCAUCCAGAGGCAGGACGAGGAGGCUCUGCGCUACAUCACCCCCGAGAGCUCCCCCGUACGCAAGGCACCCCGCUCCCGGGGCCGGCGCACCCAGAGCUCAGGGGGCCUGCACCAGUCCUCCCCCACGGAACCACGCCCCCCGCCCACCCCCAAAGACGAGGACAUCCUGGCGGUGGCCCAGAGCAUCGGAGAUGCCAUGCUCCCCAGCCCUUCGCUGGAGGACGGGGAGAAGCUGGCCAAGAGCCUGGGGGAGGACAGCCCCCUUCCAGCCUUGCAGCCUGCCCACAGCGACUCGGGAACCCUGUCCACAGUCAGCUCCCAGGAUGGGACCGAGGAGGGGCAGGAGCCUCGGCCCGAGCCCGGAGAGAAGGAGGGGUCCUUGGAGCUGUCGGCUGAGGGGGUGAGCAGGGACAGCUCCUUCGACUCGGACCUGGAUGCCUUCUCCUCACCCUUCUGCCUCUCGCCCAUCCGCGCGGCCCUGGCCGACAGCCACGGCUCCGUAUUUCUGGAAAGCGACAGCAGCCCCCCCUCCAGCUCGGACGCCGGCCUGCGCCUCCCGGACGGCAACGGCCUCCUGCAGACCCCGCGCUGGGACGAGCCACAGCGAGUGUGUGCCCUGGAGCAGAUCUGCGGCGUGUUCCGGGUGGACCUGGGCCACAUGCGCUCCCUGCGCCUCUUCUUCAGCGACGAGGCCUGCACCAGCGGCCAGCUGGUGGUCGCCAGCCGAGAGAGCCAGUACAAGGUCUUCCACUUCCACCACGGAGGGCUGGACAAGCUGUCAGACGUGUUCCAGCGGUGGCAGUACUGUGCCGAGACGCACCUCAAGGACCAGCAGGUCGCCCCCGAAAAGACGUGCAUGCAGUUCUCCAUCCGCCGCCCCAAACUGCCGUCCUCCGAGGCGCACCCCGAGGAGAGCAUGUACAAGCGGCUGGACGUCUCCGCCUGGCUGGGCCACAUGAACGAGCUGGGCCAGGUGGAGGAGGAAUACAAGCUGCGGAAGGCCAUUUUCUUUGGCGGCAUUGAUGUGUCAAUCCGGGGGGAGGUCUGGCCUUUCCUGCUGCGCUAUUACAGCCACGAGUCCACGUCGGAGGAGCGGGAGGCGCUGCGUGUGCAGAAGCGGAAGGAGUACUCUGAGAUCCAGCAGAAAAGGCUCUCCAUGGCGCCCGAGGAGCACAGAGCGUUCUGGCGCAACGUGCAGUUCACCGUGGACAAAGAUGUGGUUCGGACAGAUCGGAGCAACCAGUUCUUCCGAGGGGAAGGCAAUCCGAACGUGGAAAGCAUGAGGAGGAUCCUGCUCAACUAUGCCGUGUACAACCCAGCCGUCGGCUACUCCCAGGGCAUGUCGGACCUGGUGGCACCCAUCCUGGCCGAGGUCCUGGACGAAUCCGACACCUUCUGGUGCUUUGUGGGUUUGAUGCAGAACACGAUCUUCGUCAGCUCUCCCCGGGACGAGGACAUGGAGAAACAGCUGCUGUACCUGCGGGAGCUGCUGCGGCUGACGCACCUGCGCUUCUACCAGCACCUGGUCUCGCUGGGCGAGGAUGGGCUGCAGAUGCUCUUCUGCCACCGCUGGCUCCUGCUGUGCUUCAAGCGCGAGUUCCCCGAGGCCGAGGCGCUGCGGAUCUGGGAGGCCUGCUGGGCCCACUACCAGUGUGAGCGACACCGUCGGGGGCCGGAGCAAGGCCGCAGCAGCCCAGGAUGCUGGUACCCACGAGCUGGAGCCAGCGCCAUCCAUCCCCUUGAAACUGUCCUGCCCCAGAGGUCCAGCUUACCGUCACCCUCCUGCACGGGGACAGGGCCCGAAAUCCUGCUUCCGUGUCAGCCCCUCUGGAGAGCCCUUCCCCUCGCCGUCCACUGUCAUCCGUGUCUGCUCAACACAUUCCCCUCAGAGCACAGCCCUGGCUCCGUCACAUGGCUUUACCGCCCAAAUUAGCAGCAAGCUGGCCGUGUUAAAGGACAGGCAAGUCUCUGUGAAUCCAUCGCCUUUUAGAAAAGGAGGAUUGAGGCAUGCAGGAGGGAGGACCCUUCCGGCAAGAGUGGGCUCCAUGCUCCACCGCAGCAGCCCCACAGCCUCCAGCAGACGAGCCCCGCGGACAGAUGUGAACGCCGCCGCCCGCAGCGUUUCCCACCCUACUGUCUCGGGGGAUCGUGUCCGAUGAGAGAGAGUCUGAAGAAAUGCAGUGCUGAGGCCACCGGCCACCUCGAAUUCAUGCGUCCUGGCCGGGGUCUCUCGCAGAAUGAAGAGAGGCAUUUCCCACUGCGGUUAACGUGCUCCACGCAGAUGUUCAGGGUGAAACGCAGCAUGGAUGGUCCAAAAUGCUGGAUCUCCCCCAAAAAAUAAAUAAAUUGUGCCUCAGUG